AUGACGCUUAACGAAAUUCGCGUUUCUGGAUACUGGAUAAUAGCUUCCAGAGCAACAGUGUCGGCCUACGUGUGGAAGUGCAUUCCAUGCCGUAAAUUACGUAGACCUGCACAAGUGCAGAGGAUGUCUGAUUUACCACGAGACAGACUAGAACCCACAGCUCCAUUUACUUAUAGUGCUGUGGACUACUUUGGACCUUUCUACGUGAAGGAAGGACGCCGUGAACUAAAACGAUAUGGUGUGCUUUUCACCUGUUUGAGCUCGCGUGCAAUCCACAUUGAGACUGCUAACUCACUAAGUACUGAUUCGUUCCUGAACGCCUAUCGCCGCUUCAUUGGCCGCCGUGGACCGAUUCGUCAACUUCGAUCGGAUAGAGGAACUAAUUUUGUUGGUGCAAAGGGUGAAUUACUAUGUGCGUUGACAGAGAUGAAUCACGAGAGAGUGCAUCAUGAGCUUCUAAAGGACAGUUGUGAUUGGGUGACAUUCAAAAUGAACGUGCCUCAUUCCAGCCACAUGGGUGGAGUUUGGGAGAGGAUGAUUAGAUCCGCCAGAAAUGCUUUGUCUGCCUUACUGAUGACACAUGGUAAGCAGCUUGAUGACGAGUUGCUUAGAACACUACUUGUUGAGGCAGAAGCCAUUGUGAACAGUCGUCCCCUCACAUACACUGAUGUUAGUUCAACAAGCUCAUUAGAACCACUCUCCCCUAGUCAAAUAUUGACAUUAAAAUCUAAUGUUGUUCUUCCACCACCCGGAGAAUUCCAGAGAGCUGAUGUGUAUUGUCGCCACCGUUGGAGGCGUGUGCAGUACCUCGCGAAUGAAUUCUGGAGCCGCUGGAAGACAGAGUUCCUACCGACUCUCCAAGAACGACAAAAAUGGGUUGCCUCCCAACCAGAUCUACAGAAGGAUGACGUUGUGAUGAUGAUGGAUGAUAGCCUGCCGCGAUCCAGAUGGCCACUUGCACGCAUCAUCAAAACUUUUCCCAGAGAAGAUGGUCAUGUCAGGAAAGUCCGCCUAGCAGUUGGACAGUCUAUUUAUGAUCGACCAAUACAUAAACUUGUAUUGUUAGUUAGCCAAGGUAUCCCCGUCAAGGAGCCUGAUGUUGAAGUAUAA